UUCAUUUCCAUUUCCAUCCGUUUCGAGAUUAAAUUAGACAACAAAAUGAAAACAACGCCACUUUCACCUGCUGAAAUUGAGUUGUUAGUAGAAUCCAUACACCAAAUGCACAUUAAAGAUCUGGGAACAAGACAAUGGAUCGAUUGGCACAAACGUGCACAUGAGAUUUAUCAAGAGGCUUUGAAAGAGAUUCACUUAGCUUCGAAAGGCAAAGACGGCGACUUUGAAAAAAGACAUAUACCUUUGGUGGAAGCUUUCAUCAAGUUUGAAAAGGCUGAUGAUAUCCUUUACGAAGCAAUAGAGAUUCACUAUUGGAAAUUUAUAAUUUUGCCGAUGCUUCUGUUCCUUCAACCCAACCCAAAGUCGACGAUAAUCGUGUACUCACUCCUGCUGCAGGAACUGCUGUGCAUCUCGAUGCUGAACAUCCUGCUGCAGCACGAAAAAACAUUGGAGACCAUGGACAAUCACGUGGUGGAUUUACUGGAACAUCUAGUUUCGACGUGUGGCCACUUGUUGUGCAGGAAGUAUUCCCGCCAAUCAAUCGAAUCACCUUCCGUCGAGCUUACCAGAUUGACGAACAAUGUGUGCUUUGAAAUCGGUAUUAAAUCUAUAAGUUGCAUCCUACAUUUCGUCGAACAUUUACACGACCUGCCCAGAUACGUCCUGCAUCACAUUUAUCGCGAUUACGACAUUCCGAUGAUUGUUAUAAAAAUACUAAGAGAGUCUCCUUGGAAAGUUGGAGAUUGGGAAUAUGUCUCAGAUAAAUGGAAAGAAACGGCUUUCACUUCUGUGGUAAAUCCUACUGAAAUAGAAAUCUGGCAUAUUCUGAUGAAGCUGCUAAUGGACGAUAUGUGCCCAAUAUUUUACACGAUAACUGAACUACGUAAAGACAAUUUCGUUACGCUGUUGCCUCGCAUUACGCCAGUUUUGGUCGAGCAGAUACCGAGAGCUGCUGAAUUCGAAAAUUGGAUAUUCAAGACCAUGUCAUCGCCUGCCAAGCCUAAUCCGCCGAAGGCGCCCAGGUUUAUGCUGCCCCUUGUGGAGUACAAGGAUGUAAUCAACAUGGAUAUAAACAUUGUGAAAGGGCAAUGGUUAGGAAUUGCCGAAAUUCAAAAACCUUCCAUUCUGGUAGAAGACGAUGAACAGCUGAAGGAGAUUAGGCAAAUUUUGUGUGAAGCCUACAAUAUUCAACUUAUUGAAACUUCUGAGACAUCACCUUGUGCGAAAUGCGGUAAUUUAACAGGAAAGAAAUGUUCAAAGUGCGAGAAAAUUUGGUACUGUUCAAACAUCUGUCAGAUUGAACAUUGGUCAUUGCAUAGGGAUAACUGCUGCUCCGAAAUUGUAAUAGAGACUAAGAAGAAAGAGGAAAACAGCAUGGGGGACCGUGCAUGAAUUAUGAUUAUUUCUCUUUUAAUAAUUAUGUAGCUACCAUCGAGCUUCGUGGUUAAUAAUCAAAAUUGGACAGGGAAAGAAAUUAUCUCAGUGUAGUUGGGUCAAGGAAGUGUGUAUUAAAAUAAUGAUUUCUAUGU